AGAAAUGGCGGGAAUAUCUCGCUUGCAAGUGCAUCUCCUUCACUCUGCUCCUCCCGCUCUCAAGUCGACAACGCUCCUCUCGAGGUGUUCUCACUUCUCUUGCUCUACUCCGCGUAAAAUUUUCACUCCUCGUCUUCUCUGUUCGACUCCUCAGAGUUCUUCUUUGGAGGCUGGUUCGAGUUCGAGCAGUGUUGGUGAUCUUCUCGACUAUCUCAAUGAGUCAUGGACUCAGUUUUAUGCUACAGCCGAAGCGAAACGGCAAUUAGUUGCUGCUGGUUUUCAUUUGCUAAACGAGGCUGAAGAGUGGUACUUAAAGCCUUGUGGAUGCUAUUUUUUUACACGAGAUAUGUCUUGUUUGGUUGCCUUUUCCAUAGGAGAAAAAAGAAAUCUGGCUAGUCGGCUACUUGACUUGUUUUGCAAGAUUUUGCUCCUGGUCUACUCAUCAGUUUGUAGCUUUCCUUGCGUCAAGCUAUUGUGCUUUGAGAGCUCUUAUUGAUUCUUGUGAGUCGCCUAGUGACUUAAAGAGUGUACAGGCAGUUCGAAUGGUUGCUUUAUUUGAUAAUGAAGAGGUGGGCUCAGGUUCAAUUCAGGGAGCUGGUGCACCCACCAUGUUUCAGGCCAUGAGGCGCAUAGCCAGCUGCUUAGGCCAAGGAUACGUUGGU